UUCAAUCAAAACCUCUCUUUCCAUCCAUCGGGAAAACCUUCUAACCUCACUCGGCCGAGGGCCGUCUCCCUUGCUCUCUCUCACAGUUUCCUUGGCGUCGUCCCGUCCCUCAAAAAAGGUAACUUCCUGUGCUCCUAGCUAGCUAAUUCAGUUGUCUGAUGAAGUGAUGCCUCUCUCUCUCUCUCUGAAACGGAGAAACCCACUUCGGCGCUCUCAUCCUCUGACCUCUUUUCCCGCUCUCUUCUCUCCGCGUCCUCCCACCUUGUUGAAGUACGUAACCAGCAAUUUCCUCAACAUCCUCCCUUCCCUUGAAAUGUAUAUAUAAAAGAGAUCAAAAUGUUCCGAGAAACACCAUCCCUUGUACGAAUUUCACUGAAAACGAUUUCUGCCUUUUUCUGAUAUUCAGAGUUUUCUUGAAUCUCUUACACUCUGGUUACAUUACAUGCCCUGUCAUAGUUACUGCAUAAUGGGCUCCUCAGUUCAUGGCUUUAUCAUAGAUUUUUCUUUGUUGGUUCAGAACCAUCUAGUUCGCACAAUUCAUUGAUCGCCUACGUUUUCUUUGCUAAGCUGCUAUCUUUUUAUUUAUUUCUUUGUUCUUUUACUUUUCCUCUUGCUCUAUCGCUAUCAUUACGCUAGAGAUGUGGCUUGAUUAUUGGGUAGGCUUCUUCUAAGAUAUUCUGUGAAAAAGGGUUUAUUCCUUCCUUUCUUUCGUCUUUUCUCAUGACAUCAACUUUGUUUCCGAACCUCAAUUAAAUGAAUUUUCCGGUGGCUGUAUAUUCUUUCUUUGGAGGUUGUAUUUGUGAAGUGAACGGCUAUUCUUCUUCUGGAGAUUGUAUUUGUGAACAGCCAGCCUUUCUUUUACAGUUAAAUAGAUGCUUUAGAGCGGUAACAUUGAAUAUUUUACUCACAAGUUGAGUGAGUCAAAGGGUAAGGGAUAAAUUUACUCAUUCUUAUCCAGGUUGAGGGCAUGUUCGUGUUAUUAGGCCUAUUCUUUUUCGUUUUCUCUGCCAGCAAAGAUCAAUUUUCACAGGUCUGAAGAUGAACUGAUCCUUACCGAAAAGGAAAAUUCUCAACAACUUUUCCUCACCAACUGCAUGCAAAUGAGACAGUUAAGAGUGAUUAAAAUAAUGAGACAAGGAAUGCGUACUUAAUUUAGCAACUGAGAGUGCACGCCCAGAGUUUGUUGUUAAUGAGUAAUGACAGUACUAGCAAUUCCCUCUCACUCUCGCUCUCUCUUCAUCGCCCUUCUGGAUUACACCCGGCAAAGAAACCUCCGAAAAGGCCGAGCCUUACAUGCCCACAUCACCCAAGCCGGUUCCUCUUCUUGCAUUUACAUUGCCAACAGCCUCGUCAACUUAUACGCCAAGUGCAAACACUUGGCCGACGCCAAGCUCGUUUUCGAGGAGAUACAGCACAAAGACGUGGUCUCAUGGAACUGCCUCAUCAACGGUUACUCUCAAGUUGGUGAUCCCACAGCUUCCUCCUCCAUCAUGGAGCUAUUCAAGCGCAUGUUGAGCGCAGAAAGCAACACACUCCCAAAUGCCCACACUUUUGCUGGCGUUUUCACUGCUGUGCCAAGCUUGCCAGACCCUCUGGGUGCUGGACAGCAGGCUCAUGUGCUUGCCAUCAAAACUGCAAGUUCUGGAGAUGUGUUUGUUGGUAGUUCCCUGCUAAACAUGUAUUCCAAACUGGGUCUCGUGUCUGAUGCUCGCAAAUUGUUUGAUAGAAUGCCAGAAAGAAAUUCAGUUUCAUGGGCUGCAAUGAUUUCUGGGUAUGCUAUACAGCGGCUUACUCCAGAAACUCUAGGGCUCUUUAAAUUGAUGAUGGGUUCAGCAAAGGAGGGUGUGAACGAGUUUGUGUUGACCAGUGUCCUUAGUGCCUUCACAUUGCCUGAGCUCAUUCAAAAUGGGAAGCAACUUCAUUGUCUUGCUGUUAAAAACGGGUUGAUAUCCAUUGUAUCCGUUGGAAAUGCUCUUGUAACUAUGUAUGCAAAAUGUGGGGGCUUAGAUGAUGCCCUCCAGACAUUUGAGUUGUUGAGCGAUAAGAAUGCUGUUACCUGGUCGGCAAUGAUCACUGGUUUUGCACAUUGUGGAAAUUCUGACGAGGCAUUGGAACUUUUUUCGAAGAUGCAUGUUUCUGGGAUGAUGCCUAGUGAGUUCACCCUUGUGGGAGUCCUGAAUGCAUGUUCUGACCUUGGCACUGCAGGAGAAGCAAAGCAGGUCCAUGCUUAUGUGAUAAAAGUGGGAUUUGAAUCUCAAAUUUAUAUCAUGACAGCUCUGGUUGACAUGUAUGCAAAAUGUGGUUACCUAGUGGAUGCUCGGAAGGGUUUUGGCUGUUUAGAACAGCCUGAUAUUGUUUUGUGGACCUCCAUGAUUGGUGGGUAUGUACAAAAUGGGGAGAGUGAAGAAGCUCUGAAUUUGUUCUGUCAAAUGCAAAAUAAAGGUUUAUUGCCCAAUGAGUUGACAAUAGUCAGUGUCACAAAAGCCUGUUCAAACCUUGCUGCUUUGCAGCAAGGAAAGCAAAUCCAUGCUUGUAUCAUUAAGUAUGGGUUUAAUAUUGAAGUUCCAACUGGAAGUGCUCUCUCAACUAUGUAUGGAAAAUGUGGGAGCUUUGAAGAUGGAAACAUAAUCUUCAGGAGGAUGCUUGUGAGGGAUGUAGUCACAUGGAAUUCAAUGAUAUCUGCGCUUCAUCAAAAUGGACAUGGCAAUGAAGCUCUUGAACUUUUUGAGGAGAUGCUGUUUGAGGGGACAAAGCCAGACUACGUUACUUUCAUUAAUGUUCUCUCUGCUUGUAGCCAUAUGGGGUUGGUAGAGAGAGGCUGGGUUUAUUUCAGGAUGAUGUACAAUGAGUUUGGUAUACUGCCAAGAGUUGAGCAUUAUGCAUGCAUGGUUGACAUACUGAGCCGUGCUGGAAGGCUUGACGAAGCAAAAGAACUUAUUGAAUCAACACCUACUGGUCAUGGCCAGUGUUUGUGGCGUAUCUUGUUAAGUGCUUGCCGUAACUAUCGUAAUUAUGAUUUGGGAGCCUAUGCAGGAGAAAAAUUAAUGGAAUUGGGUUCACUAGAAUCAUCUGCUUAUGUGUUGCUUUGUAGCAUCUAUACAGCAUUGGGCAGGAGAGACGAUGUGGAACGGAUCAGAAGGAUGAUGAAUCUUAGAGGGGUGAAUAAGGAGCCCGGAUGUAGCUGGAUUGAGCUGAAGACUCAGGUUCACGUGUUUGUUGUUGGAGACCAGAUGCAUCCACAAAUUAAAGAAGUACGUUCAAAGCAUAUAUAUUAUGACUGCUUGCUUAAGUGAGAAGCGGUGCUGAUUUAGCUUUUCUAAUAUGUCCAUGUUCAACUUAGAAGCUGUACUUUUGAAGAGAACAGAGGACCAGCUCAGUUUAUCCUGGCUUGUAAAAUUUUGGUUCUUGACUCUGGCAUAUAUGUAGCUCUGAACCCUUGCAAGUUCAAUACUUGAUUAUUGUUUCAUGCCAUCAAAAUUCUUGUCUUUGCUUUUGAUCAAAUACAAAGGUGUUUUUGUUUCAUUCAUGAAUUAUAGGGAAGCCAAUGUAGUGUUUUGGAGUUGAUUUGCCACAGUACCAUAGAUAUUCUGAUUCUUUAUCAAAUAAGGUAGUGAUUUAAUUUGUAUAUAGCUAGCAUUUCCCUUUUCAAAACCAACAAAAAAAUUUAAUAUAUCUAUCCAUAUAUAGUAUUGAAAUAAGUCAGCCUAAAAAUUUGGAAACUUCACUACUUAAAUGUACAAUUUUCAAAAAAUUACACAUGUUCUAAAACUUCUUUUCUAAACAACCAACCAACAAGUAUCAUCUCUAAUAUGGUAAACAUUACUUAUGUGACUAUUUGGAAUGCACUUAACCCACUUAAGAUUGCUCACUUGGGCCAUUAAAAACUUUUUAGUGAAUGAUUUACGGAGGGGCCUCCUUGCAUGAUUCUUUGGUACAUACUCAUGCAUGAUUUUUGAUGUGGUAAUACUUAAAUUAUAAGAAUACCCCCACGUGUUAGCAGUCUCAUUCAUCACGUGGAUUACCCAAGAGAUUGACACGUGGCAAGCCCACAAUCUAGAGUGGAGUCCGAAAAAUUCGGGCCGGACUGCAAGACCCGUUCCAGCUUGACGAGGGUCAUCGGGAGUCAUGCCCACCUAUCUCGAAUUUUAUCUUGGGUACCCCAUAACGAACCUGACUAUAAAAGGCAAAGGUCCUCACCAGGUAUGACAAGCUCUCCAGCUUUUACAUUUAUUACUACUCGUAUUUGCUCUACUGAUUUGAGUGUCGGAGUCCACCCCGAGGGAUUCAAGCCCCGUCACUCUGUUGUCUUCUAGGUUGUAUCCUCGAGGUUUGACAUCGCCAAGUUUGAAGCUCCACUCCCAAGGUCCAAUCGUCGAGGCGGCACAUGGUGGUCGGUCUCAAAUACCAUCAUCAUUUGGCGCCCAACGUGGGGCUGACGUCCAUACUCGCUAACCUCUUCUUUCCAUGCCUCGCGCUUCAAACUUCCACUCCUCACCUCAAAUCUUGGCUUUCCCACAUGUGUCAACGAUUUUUACUCCUUGCUAACCGAAUGGCUCCUCGAAGAGACGUGACUUGUAGCCAGGCUGGUGCCAAUCUAGAGGCCCCGGCGCAAGAAGAGAAUCCACCGCUUCCUGCCAAUCCAAUGCCAAAGGACCGACUCACCAGGCUGGAAAAUCAGGUCUAGCAGUUAACUGAGUUGUUAACUGGCUAUCUACACCAGAGUGAACAACGUCGUCCGCAAGUGCUCUCUUAGCGGGAGGAGCACCAGUCACCUCAUCCUACUCGGGAGCCUCGUCAAUCCUGCCAGUCGGGUUAAGAAAUCCAUCCCUCUGAGGCGGAAGGAUCUACUUUUUCACCCUUGCGAGAAUGACGGAUCUCGCAGGAGAGGCGGUUACGUUUUCUGAAGAGAUAAGUUUAGUGACUCAAGAAGGGAAAGGAAAAGUUGCCCCACUUCGGUUCUAACCAACCCCUGAGUAAGAGCAUCAUGGCAAAGGCUCCUCCGGAGAGGUUUCGUAUCUCAUCCAUCAAGCUCUAUGUCGAAGGCAUAGACCCCUGUGAUCAUGUAGAGCUUUUCUCUUCUCACAUGCUGGUGCAAUCGAGGUCAGAUGCUAUGUAGUGCUGGGCCUUUUCGACCACUUUGGGAGGUCAUGUCCAGACUUGGUACUCUUACCUUCCCCAUCGUUCCAUUAACAGCUGGGGAGAGCUAGGGACCUGUUUCCUAGCCCAUUAUGCUCCUCUGAUGCGUCACGGAAAGUUUUCUAUGGCUCUGGUUAACAUCAAGCAAAACCAAUGUGAGUCUCUAAGGGAUUUUGUGGCCAGAUUUAAUGAGGAAGCUUUGAGCAUCGACAAGUUCGAUCAGCAAAUUGCAAUUGUGGCCUUCCAUAAUGGUUUGAGGGUUAGGCCGUUUGCUCAGUCCUUGGCCAAGACCCUGCCUCGUACCUUCACAAAAAUCCUUACUCGGGCUAACAAGUACAUCAACACUAAAGAAAUAAUGAGGGUCAAGAGGGAUGAGCAGCCCGACAAGAAAAGUUAUGUAUAUGACGCGCACACACAUGCACAAGCUAAUUUUCUAAAAUAAACAAAUCACAGAGGUGAUAUGGUUAUAAGCUUUAUGUAUGCAAUAAUUAAAUCACUUGCUACAUAUUGAAUAAAUAACAAAUCUUAAAGUGACUCUGGAGCUUCCAUGCUUCAUCAUAAAAAUUUGCAUUUCUGAAAAUGAAGGCAAUAGAAUUGAAACCACAUCAGUUUCAGAAAAUUCUUUUGCCGUAUCACUAGAGAGGAGCAUUUUAGAAAAUUCUCAAAAAAAAAAAAUGACAAUAUUCAAAACUAAAUAUCCAAAGAAAUAAUGACAAUUAAACUUUGAAAUCCCUAUCAUGAAUCUCUAAAGCACAAAAAAGUCAGCACAUGAUUUGAACAUAUAAUUAAAUGAAAGUGUAUUUACCAGCACAUGUCUUGGUUUUGACAAGCUUGUGUAUGAGAACCAUGAUCCCUAAACCUUGGAUUGCUUCAAAAACAAUAAACAAGUUGGUGUGAUCUUCUAUCAAGAGGUUUAUGGCAACCAGACAACAGAGGAGAGAUAGAGCAGCUACAUUGAUUUUUAUAUUCCUCGGUUGUUUCUAGACGCAUUUGAUCAGUAUGUUUAGAUUCAAGCUGCUCUUCUUUCCCAUGGCUUUGGUCUUGUUUUGUGUAAGGUUUUCUCUUGGAUCUUUUUCCUUAAAUUAGAGUUUGAGAGUGCAUGUAUGGAUUCAUGAAGAAAAUGACACAAGGAAGAAGACUGGCCCAAAAAUAUCCCUUGAUGAAAGACAUUAACAUAAUUUCUGAUUGUAAAAGAGCCUUUGUUUAAGUAACUGAUCAGAGAAAAAAGAAGUUAAGGAAGAGACAUAUAUGCCCAUGACAAGAAACUGACAAUUAAUAUGGAAAUUAACUUAUGAGAAAAGGUAUAUGUUACUUUAACAGAUUUGCAUUGGCCAACUUAUUAUCUCAAUUUAUUUCUAGAAUUUAAUUUCUCUUUUAAGUUGAGGGAUUUGAAUAAAUUCUAAAUACAUCA